AUGGAUGAGAAAGAUACACCAACGCAAGCCGCGGCCGUGGCCGUGGUCGAGAGUGCCUCUGGCGCCGACACAUUAUCCGCCAAAUCAGACAGGGCCCUCACCAACAAAAUCGACCUCCGCCUCUUGCCAGUGCUCGGUCUUCUUUUCUUCAUUUGUUUCCUAGAUCGAACUAAUAUCGCAAAUGCGCGAAUUGCAGGACUGGAGAAGUCUCUGCAUAUGCCGUCUACUGGAUACAAUACUUGCUUGUGGAUCUUCUACAUCCCAUUCGUCCUUGGUGGUGUCCCAUGUAAUAUGGUUAUGAGUCUGCGCUGGAUGAAACCGAAUUUCUGGCUGGGAGGCUUGAUGUUUAUGCUUGCGGGCGAAGGCGUCCUUGUCAUGUGUGAGGGCCUCGCGCGUAGCUACGAAGGCUUCCUUGCGAUACGCUUUUUUAUGGGUAUUGUCGAGACUGCGCUUCCAAUUGGCGCCAACUUCCUGAUUGCAUCUUACUACCGCAAGAGGGAGCUUGCAUUUCGAUUGUCCUGUUUCUUUGCAUUCGGCCAAAUCGGAGCCGCUUUCAGUGGGUUGAUGGCCUAUGCUAUCAUGGAUAUGGAUGGAACAGGAGGUUACGAGGGCUGGAGGUGGAUCUUUAUCCUUGAGGGUGUAAUAACCAUCGCAGUUAGCGCCGUGGUCCUCAUUCUCGUGCCUGGCUUUCCCACCCAAGCCACCUGGCUAAAACCGGAGCACCGAAGCGCGCUCGUAUCAAGGCUGGAAAAGGACAGGGAGCUCGAAUGCAGCCAGCACGAGCCCACAAGAAGUGACUGGAAAGCCGCCUUUUCCGACCCCAAGAUCUGGGUUCUUACCAUGCUCUUCUUCAGCGCUGAUUUCUCCGCCGGGUCUCUGAGUGCCUUCAACCCUACAAUCCUCCGCCAACUCGGCUGGCAAGCACGCCGCGCCCAAGUCAUGACAGUCCCCAUCUGGAUAGUCGGGACGGCAGUGGGCAUGGUCGCUUGCCUUGCGGCAGGCAAGCUAGGGAACAGAACUGUGUUCAUUCUCCCCGCGAUCCUGAUCUCCGUUGUCGGAUGGGCGCUGCAUUACUGUCAAGUCAACCCCCCUUCUGUGCGAUACUUUGCACAGUUCGCUAUUGCAGUUGGGACGGAGACCCAAAUGCCGCUGUAUGCAGGUCUUUUGCUCGCGAAUUUGCGCGGGAAGGCUUCGCUCUCCAUGGGGGCAGCUAUCCAGUUCGGACUAGGAAAUUGUGCGAACUUUGUGCUCUCGAAUGUGUUCAUUGAUAAGCAGAAGCCGGCUUAUCCAGUUGGUUUUGCCACGGGUCUCGGGAUUACAAUCAUCGCGUUUCCUAUUAUGCUGGGGGUUGUUGUUUGGUUUUUGAAACAUAACAGGAAGGUUAGAGAUGGUGCUGGAGUGCUCUAUGGCAAAGCGGCGUAUAAACAGCUUGCAAACCAGGUCUACACGAAUCAUUACUUGCUUAAUCUCCUCUCAGCGGUUCCUCUCCUUGUUCAAGCCAUGCCAAAAGCUUUGACGGUGCUGUUGGCUGCUCAUGAACUUCUGUUAAAGUAG